AGAAAGCAGAGUCCCCAGCUUGCGAGCGGGUGUGGCUACGUGGGAAGUUAGCCUUGUGCAGGAGAGCAGGAAUUUCUUCACAUGGCUCCUGAAGAAGUGACACUCACAGUCCGUCUCAUCCGUUCCUUUGAACAUCGCAAUUUCAGACCUGUAGUGUAUCAUGGGGUGAAUUUGGACCAAACUGUAAAGGAAUUUAUGGCAUUUCUAAAGCAAGAUGUCCCUUUAAGGACCAGCCUGCCACCACCAUUCAGAAAUUAUAAAUAUGAUAAACUAAAGAUUAUCCACCAAGCACAUAAAUCAAAG